AUGAGCGCCAUCCCGAACCAAGACGUCGUCCCGAACCAGAAAGCCCCAGACCAAGACACCAUCCUGAACCAUCACACGAUCCUGAACCUGAACCCCAUGAUGAGACUCAUCCCGGACCAAGAUGCUAUCCUGAACCAGAAAGCCCCAGAUCAAAACACCGUCCUGAACCAGCACAUGAUCCAGAAUCUUCACCCCAUGAUGAUCCUCAUCACAGACCAAGACGCCAUCCUGAACCAGCACAUGAUCCUGAAGCAGCAUCCCUUGAUGAGCGCCAUCCCGAACGAAGACGCCGUCCUGAUUCAGAAAGUACCAGACCAAGACACCGUCCUGAGCCAGCAAGCGAUCCUGAACCGGAACCCCAUGAUGAGCCCCAUCCCGGACCAAGAUGCCAUCCUGAACCAGAAAGCCCCAGACCACGACAACAUCCGGAAACUGUACCCCGUGAUGAGGCCCAUCCCUUACCCAGAUGGUAUCCUGAACCAGCAGCCUAUCCUCAACAAAAAUUUCCUCCGCCUUGUGAUAGCAAACAAGCUCCUCGACGUCCUUGCCCAGAGCCUGAGGAACCUCCUCGUCCUGAAAGAGUACGUUAAUGUUCCCUGCUAUGAGUGUGAGAAGCCAGAAGGGGUCCAUACCGCCUUCAGCAAAAUCCUCGAGGCUCUUAACAAACCCAGAACCAACUAUGUGCUGAGCUUUGCCAACAAGCUCUAUGGAGACUAUGACGUUGCCUUCAUCCAGAAAUUCCUUGACUCUGCUCGGAAACUGUACUUGACAGCAGUGGAUGGAGCUGAUUUUCAUAAUGCCCCAGAAGAAGUGAGAAGAUCGAUCAACUUGUGGGUUGAAUGCCAGACACAAGGUAAAAUCAAGGAGCUCCUCAUCAAGGACAGCUUUGAUUGUCUCACUCAACUGCUGCUGGUGAAUGCCCUCUAUUUCAAAGGAGAAUGGGAUGUGAAAUUUGACAAAGCACUCACGGAAGAAGCCCCAUUUUAUACUCAUGACUCAGAUGAGGAUGAUAUCUUCACAGUGCAGCUGAUGCACAGGAAGGGGGUUUACAACUUUGGAACCAUUGAGUUCGGCAACGUGCAGGUACAGGUGCUUGAGAUUCCCUACAGAGACAAUGAACUGAGCUUCUUCAUACUGCUACCAACAGACUGCAGUCGUGAAUCUCUUCAACAGCUGGAAGAUGGCCUUUCCCACGAGAAACUGCUUGACUGGUCCUAUGAUCUGAAGCCCGAAGAGGUGGAGGUGGCCAUUCCCAAAUUCAGCUCAGAGAAGAUCUUCGAUGCCAACAAAUACUUAGAUCUGCCAGGUCUGUCUGACCCUGAAUAUGCUGAUUUCUCUGGAGCAACAACAACAGAAUAUGUGGCUCUGACUCACCUCAUCCACGAUACUUUCAUUGAGAUCAAUGAGGAGGGUGGUGAGGAACCAGAGGCACCACACGGCCCUAGGGACAGGUGUCAUCGGCAACCUGUGCACGUUGUGGCUGACCAUCCUUUCCUCUACUAUGUUCUGCACAAUUGUACCCAAAGCAUUGUUGCCUUUGGUAGAUACUCUAAGCCAGAAUAAGGGGGGGGGGUGGAUUUGUGCAAUGAAAUCAAUGGAAAAUGAAUAUGGAAAAUGCUUUUUAAAAACAUCUUUUUCAUUCCUCCUGCUCUUUGAUUCCUGCUCUGAAAUGCUAAUUAUUACAUAGAUUUGGUCAAAGAAACCUAAUAUUCGGUGGUGGGUCGACUAUGCAAUACGACUAUGAUGUUUGAAAGGAUUUUGGCCUUACUUGUCUGCAGUUUCCUUCUCCUGCCAUUUUAUGUCAGGUCACCUUGUCUAAAGAGCAGCCUUCUGCUUUAGUUCUGGACAUUGUCCCAGCUCUUGAAGAAGAAUCCAGGUCUUCACAUUGCAGCCAAGUAAAUACUGAGAGAGCCUCUGUCCCUUUCAGAUCUACAAAAAGAGGGCAACGUCCAGGAGGUGCCGCCUUGCGCAUCCCUGCAGUACAGUGAUGGGGAAAGCUACACUUCUUCCUUCUGUGGGUUUCUUAAAGGGGCUGGUGCCCAGUUCCUUUGGGGAUAUGGCCACCCUCAAUCAAUUGCAAUGAAAUAUGAAAUGUUGUAAAAUCAGUUUUGAUGCGUGAAUAUUUACAUUAUUAUUGGGGAUACUCUCAAAACGUGACUUUCUUCUCUAGUGAAAAAAGCAUGCCUUCCUUUCAGAUCAGAGGUAACAAACACAGUGCUAGAUCUGGACAGGAUAACAUCUGAAGUGAAAAGUCUAAAA